UUUCUCUUGACUGUUCCAUGUUGAUCAUCCAUGAGGAAAAAAAGGAGGCCAAAAGAAAAUUUCUAUCCAUGAAAUAUCUAAAAACAAGGGUAGCCUUUCAUUGGUUGACUUUCCCGCAAAUUAAUCCCACCCAAAAACAACUAUACUAUGAUUCUAUAUGGUAGGACUAUUUCUCCUACCCAUCGAUCCUCUUUUGCGCCUCUUUGGUUUUUGUACAUUAUGUAUCUUUCAUUUUGACUUUGUAUAAACAGAGUUUUAUGUGCAUGCCACUUCUUCUGAUAUUUCUCAUUUAGGCAAAUACUGAAAAGUAGUAUUCAAACUCUUAUGAUAUAUUGUUCAAAACUGCACCAUAUUUGGGUUUAUCUCUUUGUUUUGUUUAGCAUAUAAACUAUAUAUCUUGUUUCCGUGAGUCUGAAUGAGGAAACUAUGCCCAAAUUUGGACAAGGAAGAUGCCCUCGAGACGAUCCUCGAGGUACCAAUUCCAGAGGAGAUGUUCAACAACAUGGGCAACAAUGUUGCAUUGCGUUGCCAGAAUAUGCAACAAUGGAUGAAAGCUCAAACAUCGGAUAAAUGGUCAUCACCUGUUAUACUAGGCCGAAUCAACGAGCUUCGCUUCCUUCUUUACCAUGUUGGCUCCCCUCUCAUUCCUCUUCAGGUCCAUAUUGACAACAUCAAUCGCCCUGUUAGAGAUAGUUCCAUUCAAACAUCGACUGCAAAGUAUAUCGUACAGCAGUAUAUUGCAGCUACAGGAGGCCAAGCAGCCAUAAGCUCAAUACAAAGCAUGUGUGUCAUAGGACAUGCUAAGAUUGGCGCAACUGCUUUUCAUUUGGGUGAUCAAGCUGUGAAGGGAAAGAACACCGAGGAAACUGGGGGAUUCGUACUGUGGCAAAAGAAUCCAAACUUGUGGUGCUUGGAAUUUGUGGUAUCUGGCUGCAAAGUUUUUUCUGGAAACAAUGGCAAGCUUUCUUGGAGGCAAUCAUCAAAUCAACCUUGUGUCACUACUGGUUCCCCAAGACCAUUACGCCGAUUUCUACAGGGGUUGGAUCCAAGGGCUACAGCCAACUUAUUCAUAGAUGCAACAUGUAUCGGUGAGAAGGUCAUCAACAACGAGGAUUGCUUCAUCCUGAAGCUUGAGACAAGCCAAGCAACUCUAGAUGCACAAAGUGGCGCAAAAUUUGAAAUCAUUCACCACACUUUAUGGGGCUACUUCAGCCAAAGAUCUGGACUACUCCUCCAGUUUGAGGACUCAAGAAUGCUGCGUUUGAAGAACAGUGUUGAAAAUGAUGACGGAGAUGGAGUGUUUUGGGAGACAAGUGCAGAAUCAGUAAUAGAAGAUUAUAGGUAUGUUGAUGGGAUUAAUAUAGCUCACAGUGGUAAAACCUCUGUUAGAGUAUUUAGGUAUGGAGAACACUCAGCUAAUCAUCAAAGGGAGAUUGAAGAAACAUGGAAGAUUGAUGAAGUAGGUUUUAACAUUUGGGGUUUGGAUCCUGACUUCUUUACGCCACCAACAGACGUACAAGUAGAACUAGAGACUUGAAACAAUUUUUUCAAAUCAUAUUUUGAUCAGAGACCUUUGUAUAAGUUUGGUCUCGGAAGUUGUAUAUAUAUUAGCAUAUUUUGUAAUAUCUCCCAAUUUUUACUACAAUCAUUGGCUAAUAUUGGUAACAAAGAUCGUUAAUACUUAGGAUUAACCAGUUAAACUAUAUGA